AAGGACUUUGGGGACAUGCACUCCUAUGUGCGAAGCCGGAAGAGGCUGCGGGAAGAGGAGGCUGCACGGCUCUUCAAGCAGAUUGUGUCCGCGGUGGCCCACUGCCACCAGUCGGCCAUCGUGCUCGGGGACCUGAAACUUAGGAAAUUUGUCUUCUCCACGGAGGAGAGAAGCCAGCUCAGACUGGAAAGUCUAGAAGAUACACACAUAAUCAAGGGAGAAGACGACGCUCUGUCAGACAAACAUGGCUGCCCAGCCUACGUGAGCCCCGAGAUUCUGAACACCACGGGGACCUACUCUGGAAAGGCAGCAGACGUUUGGAGCCUGGGGGUGAUGCUCUACACCCUUUUGGUGGGACGAUACCCCUUCCAUGACUCAGACCCCAGUGCCCUCUUCUCCAAAAUCCGCCGUGGACAGUUCUGCAUUCCUGAGCACAUUUCCCCCAAAGCCAGAUGCCUCAUUCGCAGCCUCCUGAGACGGGAGCCUUCCGAGAGACUCACUGCUCCUGAGAUCUUACUCCAUCCCUGGUUUGAGUCUGUCUUGGAACCUGGAUACGUCGACUCAGAAAUAGGAACUUCAGACCAGAUUGUUCCAGAGUACCAGGAAGACAGUGACAUUAGUUCCUUCUUCUGCUAAUCCCAAAACCUCAGAAACCUCAAUUCUCACACAUAGCAUUUCCAUUUCUAAAGAUGGACAGGCCUUUUGGCGUGGUGCCAGCCAGACAUGCGAUGGCGUAAAGACCGUAGCUGCUGAACUCAACGUGGGCCCCCCCCCUUAUUUGUUAUGAUGAGUGACUGUAUUGAUCUGAGCGGCACACACUCUGAUCCGGCUGCCCCGCAAAGUUGUUUCCCUUCUCAAUGAACCGUCAGCAACUGUCCCGCUGUCAGAUGCAGGGGUGGGGGC